AAUGUCAAACUUGAAAUAAAAAAAAAGUAUAACCUAUGACCUAUUUAUUUAUAUUAUAGUAUGGUGUGAUAAAUUUGAAAUUUAAUAUAAACAAUUGUUUUUAUUAUUAGAACUUCGUUUAGUUAAAUAAAAGAUAAAUGUGAUACACCGAAAGACCUAAUAAUAAAACUUGAUUGUGUAAUAACAAUUUUUUAUUCAACGAAAUGAGUACACCGGCGUACGAUCCCGGUCCUGAGCAAUUCCAACAGUUUCCGUCUAACAGAAUCAUAGUUAUCCAUCCUGGAUCAUUAUAUGUGCGAAUAGGAAGGGCCUCUGAUCUGUUACCAGUAAAACAAUUACACUGUAUAGCAAGAAAACGGCAUCCUGGCGGGAAAAUAUAUAGAGACCCAUUUGUACCUCCCAGCGUCCCGAAAACGAAGGAAUUGAUUGACGAAUUAGAAGAAUGUCGACUGCAAAUAUCGCACACGCUCCAAACGUACGUGCAGUCCAAUGGUGCCAGAAGAUACGCGACACCGCCACAACAAAUUGCCGCUUUCAAUCGGCGUUCUCUUCCUGAGAACGUCGGUGAAGGCGAACUGUGGCCUCAGGUGCAGUGCGAUAUCGUUAUCGGCGAUCUAGUACUCGACAUCGACCCUGAAUUACCAUAUAACAUACACUUUCCAUACAGAAGAGGUGAUUUCAACAUACAUUCUGAAGUUGGAGGUUCUAUAUCAUCUGUAUUGAACGAUCUGUACACAAUAUGGAGUUCUAUAAUUGAAUAUAAGUUGGGUAUACCUCUAAUAGAGUUAGUUAAGUACAGGUGUGUGUUACUAAUACCAGAUAUUUACUCAAGGAAUCAUUUGAAGUGUUUAAUGUCAUUGUUAUUAAAAGAUCUAGGGUUUGGACACUGUUUCCUUGUGCAGGAGAGUGUUGGAGCUACUUUUGGAGCUGGUAUAGGUUCAGCCUGUGUUGUAGACAUUGGAGACCAGAAAACUGCAAUAUCCUGCGUCGAAGACUGUAUUUCACAUAAAACAACCAGGCUGAGAAUGGAUUAUGGUGCUGGAGAUGUAUGUCAGACUUUAUCCUGGAUGUUCCAUAAAAGUGCAUUUCCAUAUAAAAAUUGGAAUGAAAACAUUCCACGAGAUGUCAUGCUGAUGAGGAAUUUGUAUGAAGACUUCUGUCAUGUCAAUCUCGAUGUGUGCGGUCCACAGGAGAAAACAUUUCUAGUUGAUCAUCCUGGUGAUAUCAUCAACAAAUACACAUUACAGGUUGGAGAUGAAUGUAUAAUAUCACCUUUAUCUUUGUUUUACACUGAUCUCUUGAAAAUAACAGGACCUAAAACAACAAAAAUACAGAAUCGUCAGCCCAGUGACCCAGAAGAUCCUUUUGAUGGAGAGUUCUUGAGGGAAACUGGAAGAAAGAGAGAGACAGCAGAUCCAAGUGCAAAUGAGAGUCAGCAGUAUGAAGCUGUGAAUGAAUCACAGCCAACAACAAACCAAGAUGAGGAUAUUGUUGUUGAUGCAUUAGAAGGAGGUCCUGGAGAUGCUGUCUCACUGGCUCCUGGCCAAGUCUUGGCACUAGACGCUGCAAUAUUACAAAGUAUAGACCGUUGUCCAAGUGAGGAGCUGAAAAGAAAGAUGUACAGCAAUAUUUUAAUCAUAGGCGGUGGAGUUAAAGUUCAUGGACUUUACUUGUGGCUUCAGAAUCGUUUGGCACUGCAAAUCCCCUACAUUUACAAGACUGAGCAGUUAGAAAUAGUGACAUCACCCAAAGACAUAGAUCCAGCAAGUACAGUGUGGAAAGGAGCUGCAGUCAUGUCCUGUUUGGAGUCUGCCAUUGAACUGUGGAUCAAUCAAAGUGAAUGGAAUAAGUUUGGGCUGAGGAUAUUGAGAGAGAGGGCUCCUUUUAUAUGGUGAUAAACUGGCACAAAAUUAUUAUAUUGUAAAUGUAAAUAUAGCUUUAUAUUAGUUUUUUAUUAAAAUAAAAUACGGCA